GGGUGUGGGGGGGGGGAGUGGGGGUGGCCGCGGGAGCCAGCGUCCCGAGUGCCGGGGACGCAGCAGCACCCGCCGGAACCCCGGCAGGGCGGCCGUGGAAGCCUUUCUGCAGCGAAGGCGAAGGGUCUGCGCUUCGGGUUCAGGCUGGGACUGUUGGCCCGCCGGGCCCCAACUCUGCCUUCUCUGCCCUCGGCCCAGCUGCUUCCCCGACCUCCCCACACAUAAGGGGCUUUUGGAACAGCCACAGCAUCUGUUCCAGACCCCUCCACACCUGUCCACCACCGCCACCUGAGGCCUGAGGGAAUGCUGGCUGCUUUCUGUGCCCCUGAGUCAAGCUGGAAAGAUUGGUGGACUCAGCCCUGGCCCGUCGCUGGGCUGUCAGAAGCUGCAGGCUGAUCUCUGUGCAGAUUUCCACACAGCCUCCACCCCCUCAGACACUAGCUUUCCUGCGUGUGGUGGCAGCUCACGGAGCACCUUGAGGGACUAUCCAUCAGCACCUGACAAGGAGCCACUGCCUGAGACACCAGACGUGCUCCCCCGAGACCUGGGGCCCUCAAGGGGCUGAGGCAUGGUGCACUGACGCCUCUGUUGGACUUGUCUCCCUGCCUUUCCCUGGAUUCCUGAGUUCAGAGCCCAGCCCAGGGGCCACUAUGGGUCGGGAGCAGGACCUGAUCCUCGCUGUCAAGAAUGGAGACGUAACCUGUGUACAGAAAUUGGUGGCCAAGGUCAAAGCUGCAAAGACAAAGCUCCUUGGCUCCACGAAGAGGCUCAAUGUCAACUACCAAGAUGCUGAUGGAUUCUCCGCUCUCCAUCAUGCCGCCUUAGGGGGCAGUUUGGAGCUCAUAGCCUUGCUGCUGGAGGCUCAGGCCACCGUAGACAUCAAGGACAGCAAUGGCAUGCGCCCACUGCACUACGCGGCCUGGCAGGGCCGGCUGGAGCCCGUGAGGCUGCUGCUCCGGGCCUCUGCAGCCGUCAACGCCGCCUCGCUGGACGGCCAGAUCCCUCUGCACCUAGCCGCCCAGUACGGACACUACGAGGUGUCAGAGAUGCUCCUCCAACACCAGUCCAACCCGUGCCUGGUCAACAAAGCUAAGAAGACGCCCCUGGACCUGGCCUGUGAAUUUGGUCGGCUCAAGGUGACCCAGCUACUACUAAAUAGCCACCUGUGUGUGGCACUGCUGGAAGGUGAGGCCAAGGAUCCAUGCGACCCCAAUUACACCACACCCCUGCACUUGGCUGCCAAGAACGGCCACCGAGAAGUCAUCAGACAGCUCCUGAGCGGAAUUGAGAUCAACCGCCAGACCAAGACCGGCACGGCGCUCCAUGAAGCUGCACUGUACGGCAAGACCGAGGUGGUGCGGCUCCUCCUGGAGGGAGGCGUGGAUGUGAACAUCCGCAACACCUACAACCAGACAGCGCUGGACAUCGUCAACCAGUUCACCACCUCCCAGGCCAGCCGGGAGAUCAAGCAGCUGCUGAGGGAGGCCUCGGGGAUCCUGAAGGUCCGCGCGCUUAAGGAUUUCUGGAACCUCCACGAUCCCACGGCUCUCAACGUCCGCGCGGGGGACGUCAUCACGGUGCUUGAGCAGCACGCAGAUGGCCGCUGGAAGGGCCACAUCCACGAGAGCCAAAGAGGCACAGACCGUGUGGGCUACUUCCCCCCUGGCAUUGUGGAGGUGGUCAGCAAGCGAGUGGGCCUCCCUGUGCCCCGUAUCCCCUCUGCACCCACUCCCCUCCGCCCGGGCUUCUCCCGCACACCGCAGCCUCCUGCCGAGGACCCCCUGCACCCUCUCACCUAUGGCCAGCUCCCCCGGGUGGGCCUCAGCCCCGACAGCCCAGCAGGUGACAGGAAUAGCGUGGGCAGCGAGGGCAGCGUGGGCAGCAUCCGCAGUGCUGGCAGUGGGCAGAGUUCCGAGGGCACCAAUGGCCACGGCACUGGCCUCCUUAUUGAGAAUGCUCAGCCUCUGCCCUCUGCCGGUGAGGACCAGGUGCUGCCAGGACUGCAUGCCCCGCCCCUGGCAGACACCCUGAGCCACCACCCUCUGAUUAGCCGCCGCUCAGGUGAGAUCUACCAGGAUGUGAGGCCGGAGCAGCUGCUAGAGGGGAAGGACGCACAGGCUAUUCAUAACUGGCUGAGUGAGUUCCAGCUGGAGGGCUACACUGCCCACUUUCUGCAGGCUGGCUAUGACGUGCCAACCAUCAGUCGCAUGACCCCUGAGGAUCUGACAGCCAUCGGAGUGACCAAGCCGGGGCACCGGAAGAAGAUCGCUGCAGAGAUUGCCCAGCUCAGUAUUUCCGAGUGGCUGCCCAACUACAUCCCGACGGACCUGCUGGAGUGGCUGAGCGCGCUGGGGCUGCCCCAGUACCACAAGCAGCUGGUGAGCAGUGGCUACGACUCCAUGGGGCUGGUGGCUGACCUCACCUGGGAGGAGCUGCAGGAAAUCGGCGUCAACAAGCUGGGGCACCAGAAGAAACUCAUGCUGGGUGUGAAGCGGUUGGCAGAGCUCCGGCGGGGUCUCCUGCAGGGGGAGGCCCCGGGCGAAGGCGGGCGCCGGUUGGCCCGAGGAUCGGAGCUGAUGACCAUUGAUGGGCUAGAGAAUGGAGAGGGCCCGGCCACGGCUGGCCCGCGCCUUCUCACCUUCCAGGGCAGUGAGCUGAGCCCAGAGCUCCAGGCCGCCAUGGCAGGCGGGGGGCCCGAGCCACUCCCCCUGCCCCCUCCCCGUUCCCCCAGUCAGGAGAGCAUCGGGGCGCGCUCACGGGGCUCUGGUCACUCACAGGAACAGCCUGCACCCCAGCCUAGUGGUGGAGACCCCAGCACCCUCCAAGAAAGGAACCUUCCAGAGGGCACAGAGCGGCCCUCUAAGCUUUGCUUCCCACCUCCUGGCCAAGGGCCCGCCCCUUAUGUGUUUAUGUACCCCCAGGUCUCACCCUCCAGCCCGGCCGCGGGGCCACCUCCUGGUGCACCCCGGGCCUUCUCCUACCUGGCUGGGCCCCUGGCCACUCCUCCAGACCCCCCUCGACCCAAGCGCCGGUCCCACAGCCUGAGCCGCCCCGGCCCUGCCGAGGGGGAGGCCGAGGGGGAGGCCGAGGAGCCGGUGGGCAGUGCCUUGGGCAGUUACGCCACCCUCACCCGCCGGCCAGGACGCAGCACCCUUGCCCGGACUAGUCCUAGCCCGACCCCCGCUCGGGGGACCCCACGCAGCCAGUCCUUCGCCCUUCGAGCCCGUCGCAAAGGCCCCCCACCCCCACCCCCAAAACGCCUCAGCUCGGUCUCUGGCUCCACGGAACCACCACCGCUAGAUGGGAGCCCCGAGCCAAAGGAGGGAGCCGCGGGGCCCCGACGGAGAACGCUGAGUGAGCCAAGCGGCCCCUCGGAGCCCCCCGGUGCGCCUGUCCCCACCGGCCCCGUGUCUGACACGGAAGAGGAGCCCAGUCCCGAGGGGACGCCUCCUUCUCGGGGCAGCUCCGGAGAAGGGCUGCCUUUUGCAGAGGAGGGAAACCUGACCAUCAAGCAGCGGCCGAAGCCGGCCGGCCCCCCGCCCCGAGAGACGCCUGUGCCCCCCGGCCUCCACUUCAACCUCACGGAGUCAGACACCGUCAAGCGGAGGCCCAAGUGCAGGGAGAGAGAGCCGCUGCAGACGGCCCUGUUGGCCUUUGGGGUGGCAGGCGCUACCCCGAGCCCCUCUUCCCCGGCCCCCGGCGAGGCCUCCCCCUCCGUGUCCUCCAGCCCUCCCCAACCAGAGCCCAGCGGCCUUCCGACUCCAGGAGCUCCAGUGCCCGCUCUCAGCCCUGUGACCCAGCCCCCCACGGCCCCAGGGGCCUCCUGUGCUGGCCCGGGUCUGGAAGGCUCGGCAAACGAUCGGCCAAAUGCAGAGAUGGAGCACACGGCCGCCCCCACGGCCCUCCUCAAGGUGCCCGGAGCAGGAACAGCUCUCAAGACUGUGUCUGUGGCCUGCACCCAGCUGGCAUUUUCUGGCCCAAAGCUGGCUCCCCGGCCUGGCCCCCGCCCGGUGCCCCCCCCAAGGCCUGACAGCACUGGGCCUGUGGGGCCGGGCCAGGCCCAGCAGAGACUGGAACGGACCAGUUCAUCCCUGGCAGCUGCACUAAGGGCGGCCGAGAAGAGCAUUGGUGCUGAGGAGCGGGAAGGCCCCCCUGGGACCUCUACCAAGCACAUCCUGGAUGACAUCAGCACCAUGUUUGAUGCCCUGGCUGACCAGCUGGAUGCCAUGCUGGACUGAACGAGACUGGCCUGUGGCCUCCAGCAGUGUUCACUGUGGCGUCCGGCGUCCGCUGCCUUUGGCCCAGCAUGGAAGAAGUUCCUGGCAUCCUAGGACCAGGCCGGAGGGCUGGGGGGGCUGGAGUGCCCCCUCCCCAGCAGAGGCUCUCCCUGCAUCUCAAGCAGGAGCUGACUCCAGGGAUGGGGCCCAGAGGGCCUGGCAGCACGGUCUAGCUGAGGGGCUUCCGCUGCCAUGGUUACAAAGCCCUUCCCAGGUGUAAUCCAACUGGACAGCCCUGGCCCCUAGAGAGACCCCGGAAAGAGCUUUCUCCUCCCGGAGGAGGUGGCGACAGGACUUCCAGGGCACUUUCUUCACACCUCCCACCCCAUGCUUCAAGCCCCAGUGCAGAGAGAAUGCGUCAGGCUACCUGCCUUGCUGCUGUGGCCACAGGGAUGGGGGGGGGGGUACACCUGGUUGGGCACCUCCCUGCAGGUGCACCGAGGAGACGUGACCCGAGUACACCGUGGGGACACGCCCAUGUGGAGUGGCCAUGUCCUGCCAGCCCACAUGGGAUGGAGCGGGACUGACAGAUCUUCCCUGCCCAAACCGUCUCAACUGUACAUACUGUUUUGUAAGCAGAGAGAAAUGCAUAUAUUUUAAAUGGAAUUUAUUCUGUCUAUUAACUGCCUGAGAGAUGCAGUAGGGGAAGGCCUUCGGACCCCAGCAGAGGUGCCGCGGCCCACCUCGGGGAUGGAGGCCUGGCCUGGUUGGCCCGGGCUUGGGCUCUGUAACCAUUAACCUCUCCCACCAACUAAUACCAAUGAAAGCGUCAUUCCACACA